CAGAAUCAGUUAGUUUAGUUUAUCACCCGCUACCAUCGCCAUGGCCAUGAACUUGAAACAACUACUUUCAGCUCCCUCUUCUCUGUCACGCCCCAACACACUCUCCCACUUCUCUGCCAACCCAAGAGGGCUAAAACCCAGUUCACUCCCUGCCUAUUUCCUCCAUUGCCAGCCGAAACGCCUUCGAAAAAUGUUGGUGAGAGCGAGUUUGAAGGUUGAGGAGAAGAGUGUUGAAGAAGAGUCUUCUGGGAGGAAGUGGGGGAAGGUUUCUGCCGUGUUGUUUGACAUGGAUGGAGUGUUGUGUAAUAGCGAAGAGCCUUCAAGAAGGGCCGCCGUCGACGUGUUCGCCGAAAUGGGGGUCCAAGUAACUGUCGAGGAUUUUGUGCCAUUCAUGGGAACUGGUGAAGCAAACUUUUUAGGAGGAGUUGCUUCUGUUAAGGGAGUUGAGGGAUUCAAUCCCGAGGCUGCAAAAAAACGGUUCUUUGAGAUAUAUUUAGAUCAGUAUGCAAAACCAAAUUCAGGAAUAGGAUUUCCAGGAGCCCUUGAACUCAUUACACAGUGUAAAAGCAAAGGGCUUAAAGUUGCUGUUGCAUCUAGUGCUGAUCGUAUCAAGGUUGAUGCGAAUCUUGCUGCUGCCGGUUUACCGUUGUCAAUGUUUGACGCUAUUGUGUCAGCAGAUGCUUUUGAGAAUUUGAAACCUGCUCCUGAUAUUUUCUUUGCUGCAUCAAAGAUUUUAAAUGUGCCCCCAAUUGAGUGUAUUGUUAUUGAAGAUGCACUAGCAGGAGUUCAAGCUGCCAAAGCUGCUCAAAUGAGAUGUAUAGCUGUGAAAACUACGUUGUCAGAAGAAAUUCUAAAGACUGCUGGUCCAUCCCUUAUCCGAAAUGAGAUAGGGAAUAUUUCACUUGAUGAUGUUCUCAGUGGUGGCUCUGAUGGCUAUAAUGAGACGAAGCAGGAAAAUCAGUAUCUUUCUACUUCUGCACAAACCUCUCCUUCAGUUCUCACAGAAAGGACAGAUAAUGGGUCAAUUCAAAACAGGGAUGCUACCAAUGGUGGAAAUUUUUCCAUUGGGGGGUUAGACAGGUUGCAGGGUUCUCGGCGAGAUAUUUUCAGAUAUGGAAGUUUGGGGAUUGCAAUUUCUUGUCUCAUCUUUACCAUUGCAAACUGGAAGGCAAUGCAAUAUACAUCCCCAAAAGCUAUUUGGAAUUUGUUAUUUGGAGUUGACCAGCCAUCUUUUGAACUGAAUAAAGGUGAAUCAAGGAACGGCAGAAUCCAACAAUUUGUGAACUAUAUAUCUGAUCUAGAAACCAGGGGAACUUCUCGAACUGUGCCAGAAUUUCCACCUAAACUCGAUUGGCUGAAUACGGCCCCCCUUCAGUUUCGCAGGGAUUUGAAAGGAAAAGUGGUUCUGCUGGAUUUUUGGACCUAUUGUUGCAUAAAUUGUAUGCAUGUGUUGCCUGAUCUUGAGUUUUUGGAGAAAAAAUACAAGGAUAUGCCGUUCACAGUUGUGGGAGUACACUCUGCAAAGUUUGACAAUGAGAAAGAUUUAGAAGCCAUUCGCAAUGCUGUGUUACGCUAUGGCAUCACUCACCCAGUUGUCAAUGAUGGAGAUAUGUAUCUAUGGCGAGAGCUAGGUGUAAACUCAUGGCCAACUUUUGCUAUUGUCGGCCCCAAUGGUAAACUCCUUGCACAAAUAUCAGGCGAAGGCCAUCGACAGGAUCUUGACGACUUAGUGGAGGCAGCUCUUCUGUUUUAUGGCAGAAAGAAGAUCUUGUACAACACACCAAUUCCAUUGAGUUUAGAGAAAAAUAAUGAUCCUCGCUUAUUUACAUCUCCAUUGAAGUUUCCUGGAAAGCUAGCCAUCGAUGCCCUUAACAACAGGCUCUUCAUUUCAGAUAGUAACCAUAACCGCAUAGUGGUAACCGACCUUGAUGGGAAUUUUCUUGUCCAAAUUGGGACCACAGGAGAGGAAGGUUUACGUGAUGGUAACUUUGAUGAUGCCAUCUUUAACCACCCUCAGGGCUUAGCUUACAAUGCAAAGAAAAAUCGCCUUUAUGUCGCGGAUACUGACAACCAUGCUUUGAGGGAGAUUGAUUUUGUCAGUGAGACAGUGCGUACUCUUGCUGGAAAUGGAUCCAAAGGUUCUGACUACAGAGGGGGAGAAAAAGGAACCAAUCAGCUUCUCAACUCUCCAUGGGAUGUCUGCUUUGAGCCAGUCAAUGAGAAAAUUUACAUUGCCAUGGCUGGCCAGCACCAGAUCUGGGAACAUAAUACAUUAGAUGGAGUUACUAGAGCAUUCAGUGGUGAUGGUUAUGAAAGAAACUUGAAUGGAUCUAGCUCUACAAGCACAUCAUUCGCACAACCUUCUGGACUUUCACUAUCUCCUGAUUUGAUGGUGAUUUAUAUUGCGGAUAGUGAGAGUAGCUCCAUUCGAGCACUUGAUCUAAAAACUGGAGGAUCAAGAUUGCUAGCUGGUGGUGAUCCUGUGUUCUCAGACAAUUUAUUCAAGUUUGGAGACCAUGACGGAAUAGGGUCUGAAGUACUUCUUCAACAUCCAUUGGGUGUCCUAUGUGCAAAGGAUGGAAACAUUUAUAUAGCAGAUAGCUAUAAUCACAAGAUCAAGAAGCUAGAUCCAGCUAGUAAAAGAGUCAGUACCUUAGCAGGGACAGGGAAAGCUGGUUUCAAGGAUGGAACAGCCCUGACAGCUCAGCUCUCAGAGCCAUCAGGAAUCAUUGAAGCAGAAAAUGGAAGAUUUCUCAUAGCUGAUACAAACAACAGCGUAAUUAGAUAUCUAGACUUGAACAAGGAAGAACCUGAACUCCUUACUUUAGAGCUGAAAGGUGUUAAGCCUCCUGUAUCAAAAUCUCGAUCUUUAAAGCGCCUUAGGAGACGAUCAUCACCUGACACACAGACCAUUACUGUUGAUGGUGUUUCGUCCAAUGAGGGAAACUUGGCUCUUAAGAUUAUGUUACCUGAAGAGUACCAUUUCUCAAAGGAAGCACGCAGUAAAUUUAGUGUUGAAAGUGAACCUGAAAAUUCAAUGGUUAUUGAUCCCUUGGAUGGAUUUCUUAGUCCAGAAGGAUCUGCAGUACUUCAUUUCAGGAGAUCUUCUCCCUCACCUUCAAUGGGCAGAAUAAAUUGCAAGGUUUACUAUUGCAAGGAAGAUGAGGUCUGUCUGUACCAAUCUCUGUUAUUUGAGGUACCCUUCCAAGAGGAAAUUCCAGACUCUGCCCCAGCAGAAAUCACACUUGCAUAUGUUGUGAAGCCCAAAACUCCAACAAGCACCUUACAGCUACCAAUUGCCCGCUAACCCAAAUACCAUGUAUACAUGUUAUUUCUCAAAUCAUAUUGAAAAAUUCCUGGAGUUUAUUUAACUUAAGAAGAAGAGAAGUUCCAUGCAGUGAGGUAAGAAUUAAAUUAUUUUGACCGUUUCUACCAGUAACCGUAUAUACUGAUUAUGAACAUUGAUAUCAAAUGGAUGACAAGAGCAGCUAAUUCUAGUCAACCAGUCAAUUUUCGAGAAUAUAUCUUUGAAGUGUAC